CAUGGAGAUACAGAUGCACGUGAUAGGGGUGUGUGGUCGGGGUAUUUCAAAAACGCGUCAGCCAUUUUACUUCGGAAAUUCCGUACGAGCCUUGCUUCGCAACAGAAAGGUCAAAUCUUAAACAAUGGCAAUGCAAGGGGAACCUCAAGUUCAGUUCAAGCUUGUACUGGUUGGUGAUGGUGGUACUGGUAAAACCACCUUUGUGAAACGUCACCUGACUGGAGAGUUUGAGAAGAAAUAUGUAGCUACUUUGGGUGUUGAAGUCCAUCCUCUAGUAUUUCACACGAACAGAGGAGCAAUUAAAUUCAAUGUGUGGGAUACAGCUGGGCAAGAGAAGUUUGGAGGUCUUCGCGAUGGGUAUUACAUACAGGCCCAGUGUGCCAUUAUUAUGUUUGACGUAACAUCCAGAGUAACGUAUAAGAAUGUCCCUAACUGGCACAGAGACCUGGUACGAGUAUGUGAGAACAUCCCCAUUGUCUUGUGUGGAAAUAAAGUAGACAUCAAAGAUAGGAAGGUCAAGGCGAAGGCCAUAGUGUUCCACAGAAAGAAGAACCUUCAGUACUAUGACAUCUCCGCCAAAAGCAACUACAACUUUGAGAAGCCCUUCCUGUGGCUGGCCAGGAAGCUGAUUGGAGACCCCAACCUGGAGUUUGUGGCGAUGCCAGCCCUGGCUCCUCCGGAGGUGGUGAUGGAUCCCCAGCUGGCCAAACAGUAUGAGGAGGAUCUACAGGUGGCCCAGUCCACAGCUCUGCCAGAUGAUGAGGAUGACCUGUAGGGGGCGCUUGUGAGCCACGGGCCGCCUAGUUUUAUAGGCAGCUGUGGGAGGACACAGCCCUGCUCCGGCCCUGGACUAGGUUGACGCAGCGUUUACAUGCGCUUCACAUGGUCCCUCACGGGUGGAGAGUCCUUGCAGUGUGACCUGUGCAGCUGAAGAACAAAUGGUUUCUCCUCUCUGGGCCUGCAUUACGUACUUGGCUUCCCCCCCCCCCCUUUUUUUUUUCUUUUGGACUGUUACAAUCUAGGUUUCAUUUUCUCUUCCCCUGUUUUGGUAAUUUAAGCUUUCUGCAGUAAACUGUACACAUCUGUGGCAUUUCAUUCCAUUUUAUUUUCCUUUUUUUUAAUUCAAUAAAGUUGUUUCAGUUGUGAAA